AUGUCCCCCUACACGGCGUCGUCGUAUCAUCUCAGCAGUCCAUCCUGUCAUCCUCCUCCUUACUCCGCCGUAGCACACAUUCGUCCUCGUCUCGUACUGCCUUUUUUACCUUCUCACUGUAACGACUACGUAUUCUCCUGCCUUGGUCCCUGUCUUUCCGACCCCUUUUUUAUACCCGUAGUCGCUUUCGUAUCCUGGCUUCGUCUGAACAUGGACAGUACCUUGGAAAGCUGGGGACCGGACACUGCAGGAGAAGGCGGCUUGGGGGCUAGAAGCUUGCUAAGUCUGAUGUCAGUGAAGGAUAUCAUGAGGACUGAUCAGUAUAUGUACCUAAUAUACUACGCCAUGGAGACCAACGACGUUCGUUAA